AUGGCUAGACCUAUCUACAAGAUAACCUAUACGAUAGGUUAUACGGAGUCCUUUUACCUCCAAGACCGCAUCGAAGAUCUGGCAAAAACCCCGAUCUGCAAAGGAUGGGAAGUAGAAGACAUUAGCGACAAUAAAAGAGAACGGAAGAAGCUAGACCAGAACCCACACGACUUAACUAGAUAUAUCGAUAAAGCGUGGGGCUUGACGAAGAAGCGAUGGGCCACUCCCGGACUAAUGUCAAAACUUGACGGACUCUGGCUAUUGAUCGACAUGCACAACGUCCAUAAGAUCACCUUUUGGGACAUGAGUACCAAAACGUCAAAGGAUGGCUACACAAACAGCGACGAUCAUAUCAAAAUGGCCAAACUCAUCAUUAAGAAGCUAUCCCCGAAAUCAUGGACAUGCGUUCCAUGGCCCGUCAGAGACGAGGAGCAUCUGAAGGAACUCCGAGAAGAUAUCGACGGCGGAUAUGAACGUCAUAUUCGAAUAGAUAGACGCUGGCCCGAUGACAACGGCAAGACUGCGUGGCGAAAAAAUCCGGAUGACAGCAGUGAUGAUGACGAAGACUAUGAAGGUGGGGACGACGGAUGGUGUACGACAGAGCUACAUCUUGCCUACAAACCGUUUGCGCUUGAAGCUAUAAAGGCCUUCAAUCCAGAUGAGGACGAGGACGAGGAUGGGAGGUCUCUGGUAUAUUAG